AACACUAUGUUAGUUUGUUUAAUAUCCAAUCAUAUAAAGCUUCAUAUAGCCUGUCCGAUCAUAGCGUGUUUAGAUAGAGGAUGUUAAGUGUGCACAACAUAUAAAUGGAACUAUUAUAGUAUACAUUAACAUGACUAAAAGCACAUUUCGCAGCUAAAGCGAACGAAUGUAUGUAACAUUGCUUUACCAACACAAAAUUUAAAGGUUACUUUGAUUAAAAUAUGAAAUGAAUGGACAUUAUUUUGUAUGUUUAUGUAUGAAGUAAAUUUAUUGUUGCAGAAUUAGAUAUAGAGUUAAAAGUUAGAUCUAGAAUUACAUGUAGAUUUCGAUCGAUUGUCUUUCUUUACAAUAAAAUAUUUAUUUAUAACAUUAUUAAAAGAACUGUAACUUUGACUUCUAAACGUAAAUGAAAUAAAGGUAAUGUCUCGCGGCAUUGUGGAGAAUUGUGGGUCGCAGAGCUAUAAAGGUUGACAGUCGAUGCUAGAAUAUAGUCUAUACACUGAAGCCGGAUGCAUUUUACAGGAUAUCGUUUUAAAAACAUGUAUGACCAAGUAGCUCGCGAUAUUAUUAACAGACACACACUGCUGCUACACACCAAUGUGAAGCGAGCUAUUGCGAACGGGUGUGUUCUUGACAAGCGUAACAUGGGCAAAGAAAAGAGGGAUAAAACAGACACUGCAGUAAAGGGAAAAAAGAGGACACUUAUAAGUUACUCUCUUACUUUCUUUAUUAUAUAAUUCUAGAGAUGAGGUUAUAUACAGUGGUAAGAGAUAUAGUAUAUGCAGUGACGUUUUUUGAAGACGUUCAGAAAGAUUUGGGAAAACUAAAGGAUGACAUCAAUAUAGUUCAGAAAAAAGGAGAAGAAUGGGUUAUAGAAGACAAUGCGCCAUUUGAUGAGAUGAAGAAAAUAAUGCAGACAGAGAAAGAAAAUUUAAUGCUUAAAAUAGUUGAUAUUCUAAAAGAUAUAAAAAAGAAAUGUGAUAUAUGUGUAGAUGAAGAAACUCCUAAAGAUACAAACUCGUGCAAUGAAGAAAUUGAUCUCACUUCAGUUAACUCUUGAUAGUCCGAUGGUUACAGGACCGAGUUUGUGUUGGAUUAACGAUUACCGAUAAAGCUGCAUUACAAAAGAAAAAUUAAAAUCAACAAUGAACAACUAUACUCUGAAUAGUGAUGUGGUAUUUAAAAGAAAAGAUUGAUGUGGAGAAGGAUCUAGAGAUGUCUCAUGAUGAGGAAGAAAAGGAUGCUGCAGACUCUCAGGUCCUGACAAUUAGCACAUGCUUUACUCCGAAUGAGGAAGAAGAGGAUGCUGCAGACUCUCAGGCCCUGACACCUAGCACUUGCCUUACUCCGGCUGUGAUCAACCCAAGCGAACCUUCACCUAUGUAUGAAGACUUGUCGCCAUACAGCCGAAAUGCAGACGAAGAAUCUCCACCGAAAAUUCGUCGUCGGUGAUUUGAAUAUAUAUAUGUAUGAUAAACUACUGUUGAGUUGUUACGGGUUGGGUACUUAACAUACGUUGUAGUUUAUAAUACUGUACUGACUGCAAAACAUGUAUGUUAAUUUUUAUAAUUACCCCAUAAUGUUCCUGUUGUAUAUGUUAAAUGUAUAUGAUGGCCAAUGUAUAUCAGCGUUUGUGUAUUGAUACUGUUGAUGGUCUAUUUUGUUGAUGAUUAUAUAUGUUAAUUGUGCAUGCGAGUCUAUAUGACACAACAACAGAAUGAAUAAAGAAUAUACUUAAUAACGAAGGCUGAUAACUUCAAUAAUUUAAUAAACAAUAAAAAGGGCACAGUCCUCUGUCGUCGCUAGCCUAGCGUCGUCCUCUAAAGGCGUAUUGUCCGUUACUUUUCUAGUUCGUAAUCCUGCUCUUUUAUCACUCGUCACAUCACUUAGGAAAAACCCGAUUAACCUCAACUUCUACGCAUCUUGUGUCAUUACAAUACUAUCCGUGGUUUGAAGCUAUAUUUACUUAAAUGAUUUUUUUUUUACAUUACUUAAAUUUAAUGUAAAAUUACUCCUAUUAAUUAGCAUAAAUAAUCUACAUUAUCCAAUUUAUAAAAAUUCUUAGGAUUACGGGUUUACUGAUAUAUAUGGUAGCGUUUAUUUGUUCUUGUUGCUUGACAUUUUACUUUAAGCAGUAAGUGUGAAAUCAAUGUUAAUGAGCAUUAAGUGACUAGAGAGUAGAGACCCCUAGAAACGUUUGUUGUAUGCAAAUGACGACCCUUUUUUCUUUGGUGGGGUUCGGGACAUCGGUAAAACCUUUUUUAUUUUAAUUAACUUUUUUGUUUAAUGUGUAAGUAAAACUUAUUAGUUUAUUGUCAGUAUUCUUUUUUUACAAAAUAUACUGUCUACUUAUUUUAUUAAGCCUCUGGCUUACAAUGACUAGCAUUAUAAAGGCAUAUAGAAUAUAAAGAAGAUUAUAGAAUAGGCAUUGCUUAUUUAAUUUUCGGAUAGGUAAUUUUUUUUACAUAAAGUAAAUUUAUAACAUUAUGAAAAAUAAUUUAGAUUAUCGGAACAAUCGUAGCUAUUUAAUUUGAAAAUAAUGUCAGAAAAAUCGGAAAACAUCUCCUUAUGUUAGGCACAAACCUUUGGAUGCAAAGUUGACGUAAUAAAUGUUUUUAAUAUUUUUGUUGAUAUUAAAAAGUGCUAUUGCAUUUGAAAAAUUGCCUUAAAAAAUCAAUAUAUCUUCUUCUUCUUUCUCGUUCUCAAAUUAUCUUCUGCCAAGAUUACAAAGAGACUGUGUGCCAAUUGGUAAGGAAUAUACAAGUCAUGAUUUAAAAAAAAAAAUAUUUACAGUAAUAUAAUUUUAAAGACUUAUUUUGAGUAACUUUUAUAUUAAAAACAAACUGAAUAACCUAUUAACUUUUAAGAGACUUUUAAACUUAAUUUCAAGAAAAUUAAAUGUAAUAUAUAAGAAUAAUGAUUUAAGAUAACAUUUUUCUUUUCAUAAUUAAAAACAAUUGCCUUCGAUGAGAUUUCUGCUUAUAAAUAUAUUUCUUAAUUUGUUUAAUAAAAAAUGAAUUCAUCUUUUCAAUAUUUUAUUUUAAUUUAAAAGGAACCUUACAUCAUAGGAGGGCCGUUGAAUAGAAAAAAAAAGAAACUGUUUUGGGUGAUGGGGGGAAGAAGACGAUUCCUAAUAGCUUCAUAUGUACACGGGAAGCUCGCUAAUGCAUAAACUAGAAUACGUUCAAUUAAGUAAAACUAUUUUUUUUCGUGCCAUUAGUGAAACAAAAACAAAAAAAGCCGCUGUGUUCAAGGUAACCCUGCUACUGCAACACAGGCGGACCAGGGGCGCAGUAGGAGUAAUCACUCCCUCAAGUCAUACCACACCCCUCCAAUUUGUAUACGAAUUUUUUACUUAUUUUAAUAAUAAUGAUUUAUAUUUCCACCAAUGUAUAGGUUAUUUUGUUCCCACGAACUCUCGCACGUCUAACUGUUAAAAUAUCAAACAAGGGUUUCUGUUAGCGUCUUAUUCUGACCGAAACGAACAUAUUUAACACUAGAACAAACCUCAGACAAAAUUUCGAGUGUCGCUCUAGGUCUUCCUAUCAGUUCACUGGUAUCACGCAUGACGGCUCAUAACCCAAAACAGUUCAGACUCCCAUAACCUGCAGAUCCUUCAGUCGGAUUUACAACAGUUUUUCCUAUUCGUAUUGAACGGUGCUGUAAUUCGCAAAAUCAGUUUUGCCUCGGGAGCGGAGGUACAACACCAUAUAUAUUUCAUUGUACUCGCACUAAUUCUAAGUGUAAAUUAUUAAAUUAAACCAUUUUAUAACUUAGACAGAUUUCUCGACGCCGCCUGAUUUUCCACGAGCUCCUGAAAAUCUCCUGAAAUAGCUAAAUAUAUGAAAAAGUCAUGGAAAUCUCCGGGAAUUAGUAAAAAUCUUUUGAAAACUCAUACAAAUCUCAUGAAAUAUAUAGACGAAAUUGUCAUUUUGGGGUUUCAUUCAAUAUGGAAAACGCCUAUCCUGGGGGGGGGGAUAAUUAAAAACGGCAUUAUGCAUUAGCCGUAAUUGUGUAAUCUGGUGAAAGACGCUUCUCGCGCCUCAAACUAAUUAGCCCAUUAACUACCAAAACUUUAUUACUGCAUUAAAUAUAAAUUUUCUAUUAAAUAUCAAUUUCUAUUGGUCAAACUAAGACACUGCAAAAAGAAUUUUUGAAAAAUUCCAUAUAGUAACGAUUCUGUGAGAUGUACACUGGCAGUGUACGUAGCAGGAAGUGGCCCCGUGAGGAACAUUAUAUAAAAAAAUAUUUUUUUUUUACAAUCUUUAAGUGAAAACAAAUUAGUUAAUAACAUUGAAAAACACACAAAUAAGCAUUUUAAUGCAAAAAAAGUAUAUUUUAAUGCUUUUUUUUACUAAAAAUUUAUAACAAUAUAGUAAAAAAAAUAGGCAACAAAUGUACAACAUUAUAUGGUACUAACCAGUACUAUCCAGCUAUAUUUUUUACAACAACAAAUAAUACUACAAUAGUGAGAUAUUCAAAGAUCAUGUCCAUAAGCAAAGAUUUUAAUAUUUGAAGUGCGGUUGAACCAAACAUAAUUUAUAUGUUCGUAUAUUCGUAUAUUCAUAUGCUUAUCAGUUAUGUAAUAAUCAUAAAUUCCAUGUUUUUCGAAUUCUUUUCAUUGGGUCGCAGUCAUAGUUUUGGCAUUUUCAAGUUUGUUAGCUUUGAUAAAGUCUAUUGACUCAAUUUCCUUGUGGUAUUAGCUCUGCUAAUGAGCUAUACUAAAUUGUGACUAAAUUGUAAAAAUAAGUAUACAUAAUAAAUAACGGUGUCAUAGAGGUAAAAAUAUUAUGUUAUGAUAUAACACAAGGACCUAAUAACAAAUUAUAAGAUUCUAAUGUCAUUGAAACUCAAUCAUGCUUUUGUCUAAUUCAUUUAUUUACUAAUAGAUAUCAGUUUCUCAUCUUGAUUCUUAAUGAUGACACUGUGAACUGUUAAUAUUUACUUGAGACCCUGAAAAAAUAUUAUAAAUAUCUAUAAUUAUUAUUAUAAUUUUUUUUUCAAAUAACCAUACAUCAAUAGGAUUAUAAUUUGCUAAUGGGACAAUUAUUUUUCUAAGUAGUCAGUUAAAAUACUAUAGCCUAGGAGAACUGCAUGAAGUAAAAUAAAAGAAAACAAAAGAAACUAUAUAAAAGGUAUUAUUAUAUUAUUGUUUAUAUGUUUUCAAAUAAUAACCUUAUAAUCAUCAUUAUUAGUUCUAUAAUUUGCAAUUAUAAGGGCAUGUAUGGUGUAUAGCAAUAAUAUAUGAUAAUAUUGGUUAAAACAAACAAAUCUAUGUUCUAAAUAAAGUCUUGAUUUAUUUCGAUUCAUAUAUCAGUCAUUGAUUCCUACAGUGGCAUAUCCUGCCAUGUACACUGGGAGUGUACGUUACAAAAAAAUUAAAAUUUGAAAAGAC